UUAUUAUAUAAACAAAUAUAUGCAUGCAAUCAUAUGCAUAUAUGAUUAUUGUGAAAAUGGAAACAAUAUUAUUAUAUUUAUAUGUGAUUAUGUAGCUUUGUAUGGAUAUGGCAUAACGAAAAAAACAUAAUGUCAAAAUUUUAUUGGUAUUAUCUCACAAACGUUAAACUAGAUUCAAGUUUAAUUGUGUAGGCAUAUCCUCUUAUUUAUAUAAAAAAAGAAAAGAAGAAAAAUAAUGAAAUAUCAUUUACUUUUCAUUACAUAAAAAAAGAAUAUGUAUUCUGGUUCAUAACCCAGAAUUAAAAAAUAUAAAAUCCUAGGAUUUUACUUGCAUAACACAUUUGUACAUACACGUUCAUUUCUGAUCCUUUAUAUGAAGAUUGUUUCGAAUAAACAAUACUAACAACUAAUUCUUUGGCAAAUGUUUAGUACUCCUACUCUCCUAUAUAAGAAUAUAUAGAAGAAAAAGAAUACAAUAAAAUACAAUAUACUAAUAAUGGCAAUAUACAACAGGAAGAUUAUAAGUGUUCAAUGUUUUUAAUAUUAUGAAAUGAUAAUGAUUAAUAUAAUUAUUUGUAAGAAUUUUCUAGAUAGUCAUUUGUUAAUUGUCUUUAAAAAUGUCAUACAUUUUAUAAUGCUCUUGUUUAUUCUAGUAUUAUUUAUCUUUUGAAUACAGAAGAGCAGUAAAAUGAAUUCUAUAUCAUUAUUGUCGCACUCUAAAUAUGUGCCGUGCAAAAAUAAAACAUGCUGGAAAACGUCAUACAAGCGUCAUAAAAAUCAUUGCUCUGAUUACAUUUUACAUCGAAUAUCAUUGCACUUAUGGAUUGUUAGUAAUCAUAUAUUUAUAUUUAAUAUCUAACUCUGAUAUAUCUUACUAUCUAAUUUCGUAGGAUAAAUAUUAUGAAAACGAGCUCGAUGAUGAUAGUUCGGAGAUCAAAUUCAUUAAGAAGAAAUUAACUAAAAUAGAUGAAACAUCUGAAUUAAUGAAAUAUCUUCCUAAGAUGAUAAGAAUAAAAUCAAGAAUAAUUAGAAAUCAUCUAACGAAGAAAUCAUUUAUAGAAAGAAAUCAAGGUUGUAUGAUUUCUCGAAUAUUUGAUACAGUCAAAAGAGGUAGUACAUACAAAGCAGAAUUAUAUAGAUACAUCUUAAUUGCAAAACCAGAUCAUGUGUGUUUUCAUAAUUUUCAAGAAAACGUUUUAUACAAGAAGACAAUAAUAUUAACAAAUAUUAGUAUUUAUUCAACAAAAUUUCAAAUACAGCCUAUAUCUCGUCCUUCUAAAUUUAUAGUUACACUUCAAAAUAAAAAAUUAGAUAAAAAUUUUAUUGCCCCAGGAAUGCAACUUAAGUUAAUUAUUUCUUUUUAUACCGAAGAUUUAUACGAGCGAGAAGAAAUUGUUACUAUAUAUGUUCAACAUGGAAGACCAAUUAAUAUUAGAUUACAAUGUAGUAGAGAUCCUCCUAUGUUGAAAAGGAUUAUAAUACCACGUUUAAAGUAUGCAGAAUUCAAGAGAAAUACUUUUUGUGCAACUGAAAAUACUACGAUGUCUAGCAAUUCAUGCAAAUCAGAUAUAACUGAGUAUUCAAGUACUAUCAAAGAGUUUAACAAAUAUUAUUCUAACAAAAAAUCAUUAAUAACUGCCGUUAACUCAGAUAUGAUUUUUGAAUGUGGAAAAUGUUUUGUUGGUGAACAAGUUGCCUUGCAAAUUAAAUUUAAAAAUAUUGGAGCCGACGGAAAAUUCAUUGUAAUAAGUGAAAUUGAUUGGUACAGCAUGUGUAUAGAAGAUAUCACAGAUGUAAAUAUACUCACUUUACAAUACUUUGCUGUAUGGCCAGCAUAUUUUGUUUUGAAGUCACAAGAAGAUGUAUUCAUUCAUACAUAUUUCUUUCCCGAUUCUUAUGGAAUGCAUGUGGAUACGUUAUACAUAGUUUCUGACAAUUAUUCUGUUAAAUCCUUUGAAUUAAUUGGUGAUGGUAUUAUGUAUGAACCACAGACUUUUCAAAUUAAUAGCCAAUCGGAAAGGACGCAUUUAUUCUUGACAAAAAUUGAUAUGAAAUUUGUUGCUCAUUAUGAUCUACAUAUUCAGAGAAAUUCUUUGAAAGAAUUUGAAGUUGUAACCAAGAAUAUUUCAAUAACUAAUACCAGUCAAAUGUAUAUGUUUUUUCGUUGGGAAAAAUAUUCAGUAAAAGUUAAUCAACAAAAUGAAAUGGAGAAUGAAAUAGAGGGUGAAAACGACGAUGAAAAUUUUGCGGAUUAUUUUUAUAUAGUACCUAAAAGUGGAAUGUUUCUUGCUUCUGCUGUUUUAAAUUUUAAAAUAGUCAUUACAAUUUCAUCUAUUAAUUUGCCUCAUGAUCACAUAUAUGGUUUUCUUCAAUUAUAUGUUGAAGAUAUACCUCAAGCUGCUAUAUCAAAAACCCAUAAAUUCUCGACUAUAGAAAGUCAAACAAGAAGACGUGUUUGCACUACUAAUUCUGUGGAUAUCUUAGUGGCUGAUAUUAAAUUAAUACAAACUUUGUAUGAUACAUCAAUUAAGAAGAAAUCAGAUGAAUACAUUGAUAUAUUGGAAGAUGAAGGCAUUCUUGAAAUUGAUAUAUCACAAACCAUAAUGAAAAAAGAAUGGUCAGAUCUAAACAUAUAUGGUGAUCGAAUAUGUACAUUAAUGCCAGCAUUGAUGCUGGAAGAAUUAUUUUCCACUCUUGAUAUUAUUGACAUAAAAACAAUUAAAUCACUUAUUUGUGAACCAAUCAUCAUCAGUCAUGGAGUUCUACGACCACUUAGAUUAUUUAUUGGCAUAAAGGAAAUCUUCACUGUGAAUAUAAAAAAUGUGACAACCACUUCAGUUUCAUAUAGUUGGGGUAAUCCUGUGGGAUCAGAUUGCUUAAAAUUACAACUUAUUUUUUGCUGCGAAAGUGGUUGCAUUCCAGCAGGUGUUACAGAAAGUAUACAAAUCAUCUGUUGUCCGAUUGAAGAGGGAUAUGUUGAGUCUUUAUACAUACCAUGUUAUGUUAACUAUUCACAAAAGAUUAUAUUUUUACAAGUUGAAUGUGAGAUUAAAUCAUUUUACGUUACUUUUCAUAUUCCAUAUUCAGAUGAUAUUUUAAAAACAUCUGACAUUUACUUUGAAUGGCAUACCUCUAGUAUUAGCGUGCGGCCUAAUUUAUUGGCAUUACAAAACUUAAUGCUAAACAAGAUUAUUUCUGAAAAAGAUGAUACAAUUAACAAUUUACAAAAGUAUUAUUCCGAAUCUUUUGAAAUGAUUCAAAGUAUAUAUUAUGAAAAAACAGGAGAAGCAGAUUAUGAGGAAGAAGAAGCAUUUAAUCAAUUAGUGCCUUUUAAUAAAUUUAUAUCAAUAUGUCAUCCUGUUACAAUUGAAUUUUUGGAAGUACCUUUAGGAGUUGCUACAAAGAGAACGUUCUUGAUAAAAAAUGAAACUUCUAUUAAAUCGAGUUUUUGGUUGAAAAUAAAUAAUUUUUAUCCAGUUUAUAUAACGGACAAAGGAAAGAUAAAGAAAGAUAUGAUGCAAUCUAUUUAUAAAAUGAUAAUAAGUCACCAUACAGAAGAUAUUUGGGACGAAAUAAAACAGCCCAACUCCGGUAUACUUAUUUACGUAAAUCCUUUUAUAACAGAAUUAACUCCGUACAAAGAUGUAUUUGUGGAUAUAUACGUAUUUGUUGAUACAUGGGGAAUUUAUACAGACGAAUUGGAAAUAAAUAUUCUUGGAUUACCCCCAUAUAUAUUAAGUAUUUGUGUGCAAGUUACAAAAAUGCCUAUAUCAUUUCCAAUAUGUGAAAAAACACAACUGAAAAUACCCAUGUGUAGAUUUGGAAUUCUUCCUGCGAGUUCUCAAAAAGAAAUCAGAAAAAUUUUUAUAAGAAAUAGCAGUAGUGUACCAUUAAUCAUAAACUGGCAAAUUGUUUUGACGGGAAGUUAUUCUAUGCCAUUUAAUCUCAUAUUACAUAUGCGUACCCAUUUUACAAAUAACUUAGCAAUGGCUUUAAGAAAACUAAAGGACAAAAAUGAAAAUGAAAAAUUACAAAGAAAACGUUUAGAGGUCUAUGUAGAUGAAAAUAAUUGUCAGAUGUUAAAUGAUUCACCAUGCAUCGUUUCUACAGAUUCAGAUUCAAAUUAUGAAUCUGAUAUCUUUGAAUACGAAAUGUGCUCAAAUAUUUUUGACUGUCAAUAUGACAGUCAAAUUAACAAAUCCGGAACUACGGAAUUUCAAGUAGACUUGAUUCCUAAUAAUCUUAUAGAUAGUAAUAUUUGUACUAUUUAUCCAGAUGAAACUUUUAUACCACCUAAAGGAAAAACGUAUGUCGAAAUAAAAAUAUUUCCAAAUAAGUGCCCGUUAUAUAAAGACAGAUAUCAAUUAUUUUGUAAUGCUUUAGGUUUUAUACAAGUUGCUCCAAUGGAUAAAUACAAGAAGAGACAUUAUUGUAGGCACAACAGUUUAUUAACACCAUUAAUGAUUCAAAUUGAAGCACAAAUUGUUUUGUCACGUCUUACUUAUGACAUCCCUAAAUUUGAUAGAUUGUUCACAUUUUAUGCUGACGAUGUAAUGAGAAGUUCUCAUCGUACAAUGAAGAUUAAAAAAAUUUACGUUUUUUAUAAUAAAGGAGAAAUCCCAAUAUUUGUGAAAUUUGAGAUAACUGAUCCAUUUACAAUAGAUUAUAUUCAUAAUCAUUAUAAAAUAAAUAGAUAUGUGAAAGAAAUAUGCAUAGAUGGAUGGACUUCUAUAGAAGUACACGUUGCUUGUUCAGUAGAUGCUAUGCUAAUUGAAGAGAUAAUAGAAACCAAAAAAGAUACAAGCUCACAAUAUAGAUUAGGAUUUUCAAAACAUACAAAUAAUUGGUUUAAUAAAGGACAAUUACGUAUUAUAUAUACUGACUACAGUAGCCAGGUACUAAAGUUGCUUUUAAAUAUUUAUUUACCUUUAUUACGAGUUUCUCCAUGUUUGAACUUCGAACAUGUUUGUAUCGGAGAAGAGAAAAAAUUUAUAUUGGAUGUUGAAAAUUUGUCUGCUUACAAAUGUGAAGUUGAAAUCAAAAAAACUAAGUUCAACGAAGAUUUUAAUUAUAAUCCUGAUAAGGGAGAAAUACUUGCUCGUCCUGUUAAUGGAAAACAUAUUUUACCAAUUACAGUAUGUUUUAGUCCAAGGAAAAUCGGACCAUCCAUAGAAAUAUUAAAAAUAAUGUCCACUGUACCAAAUUAUGAAGAAAAAUGUGUACUUUGCGGCGAAGGAGUUUUAAAUGAAGAUUGUCAGCAAAACGAAGCGCAAUAAAUUU